UCUGUGAAGCCUACUUUGUCUGGCCGCUCACCUAGGAUUCCAAAUUCCAAAAAUGUUCAUGUAGGUGAGGUCUGGCUGAUGGAUUGAUAGCUAUGUGGGGGUGGAAGGGAGGGGUGAGUUUUCUUCAGCUAGAUAAAAAGUCAAGAUCAAGUAAUGUCUUAGUCACAUUCUGGUUGGAUGCAGCAAAUGAAGUGAAGCUCCUGAGAGGACAGAGAGACACAGAUUCAGAACUUCAGUCAUUCCACCAUCUUCUCCAGGAAGCACCAGAAGUAGGAGCUCAUCACCAAAAUAAGCUCCACUCCUUUGGAGAGAGAGACAGCAGAAGCGAGUGCAGGUUACAUUAGAAGAUCAUUUCUGAAGCACAGAAUGGCAAUUGUCGCUGGUUUCGGUCCACUUGAAGUCUUCAUUGGGGCAGAAGAGGGAGUGGCUCUGACGGAUCUCAAUGGCAAAUACUGGAGCCCGUUCCACCGGAAUGGAAUAUAUCCUAUUGAGUGCAAGGACACAAAAGACAAUUGGUGCAAGUUCCUCUUAGAAAAGGUUGGAGACCAUAAAGUUCGUAUGAGAGAUGUGAGAGGGGUAUACCUCAGUCGAUUUCACAGAGAUGGAAUUGACUUUAUUGAGGCAGCUAAGAAUCCCUCUGAUGUAUUUUGUGAAUUUGAAGUUUUCACAAAAAGUGAGAAGGUUUUGUUCAAAGCUGACAAUGGUAGAUUCCUGAGUCUCAUUGCCCGUGGACACCUCAACAUCGAAGCUGCCAAGGACGGGCCAGACCAGUUUUGUGAAUUUACCCCAAGUAUCGGAGACAUCGUCAGUCCUAAGUUUGAGAUCAUCUCUGUGGACUUCAAGAAUGUCUCUGCAUUGCCUGAAAAACCAAUCGUGGUGAAGAAAGAAACCUACAGAAACAGUAGUAGCGUGGAACAGAAGCACAAGUUUAAUAUGUCGUGGACGAAAACUGAGUCUGAAACAACCACUUGGAAUCAUGCUUGGGGUUUGACCUGCACUGUGUCUUUUGAAUGUGAAUUUAUAGUAAAAUUUAAAUCAGAGAUCUCAGUCUCAUACUCAGGAUCGUACGGCACCAGCUCCACAAAAGAGAAAUCCAUCACUAUGGGGGAAGAGACGGAGGUCACCAUUCCACCUCAUAAGAAAGUAACAGCUAAUUUAAUAGUGAGCAAACAGGAAGAUUGUGACAUCCCAUUUACUGCUAAAAUCAAGAAGAUCAAGAGCAAUGGAGAGGUGCAGGAGUUCAUGGAAGAGGGCACAUGGAAGGGGGUGAUUUAUGAAAAUGUGCAUGUUGACAUCAAGGAGGAGGAUCUGUGAGUGAAGUGGAGCAGUGAUACUUAAUAAGCAACAGACUUUCUUCUAAUUAUCCACAAAUAACACAAUGGCAGAAAGAGAAUCUUAUCUCAUAGUCUCCUCCAUAGCUUUCUCUUAUGUCGACUGAUUUUAUUACUUUAACUUUGUAAAACUUGCCUUUGUGAUCAGACUCAUGUUUUGUUAUUUUUUCCUGCUUAAUUCACUUGACAAAAAAAACAUUAUUAAUUUCCAAAUGGCGUACGGAAGGGGACUUCCGGUCGGUGCCUAAAUGGAGUAGACGCAGUAAACAAGUGCUCCAGUAAACUUUCUGUCUUUUCAACCAUUUAACCCUCUAUCUUUUCUUUUAUGUUAAUUACAGUUUACAGUUUGUGCCCCUCUAUCUCAGCCUUGAUUAAACUUUAUUAAAAUGGCAAUCGAGAGAACUAAAUCGAGCAAAAAAGAUGGUUCAGGCCUAAUACUUGAGGCUAUCACCGCAUUGCUUGAACAGCAUCGGGACGCGCUUCAAGAAGUGUCUUUUAACGCACUCGGCACAAAACUAGAGCAAACAGACCUUAUGAUGGAAGACCAGGGCCAGCGAUUGUCCUCUCUAUAACUCGCUGCAGAAGAUUACAGCCAGCGAAUCCUGGACCUAGAAAGCAUUUGCAACAACCUGCGUGACGACAACAACAGGCUGAAGGCUAAAGUUGCAGAGAUCUCAAUCAGAGCGACGACCAACAAAAGGACUGGUUUCAGCCCAUUUGAGAUCAUCACAGGGCGUCUGAUGUAUCUUUCCGACAGCAUAGAUCUGAAAAAAGCAGACGUUCACCUUGCUAGUGAUAGCCUGGUUGAUUAUUGCAUUAAGCUCACCAAUGCUGUUCAGUCUGCCUUUCAACAGGUUUCCGUCACGUGGGAAGGUCCUUCGAUGGAGGUCACACUCUGGUACCUGCUGAGUGGGUACUGAUCAAGAAACCCCAGAUAGAACCGCUUGGGGCUAAGUGGGAGGGCCCGUAUCAGGUUCUGUUAACAACAAACGCAACAGUUCAAGUGUGUGGGAAAAGCAGAUGGAUUCAUGCUAACCACUGCAGAAGAGUAGACUAUGUUCCUGAGAUCUAACGCGCUAAGGUGAUGUGCUAGUAACCUCUCCCUUAGUGGCCUACGCUGCUGGGCGACAAAGUCACAGACUGUAACCAGCCAGAAGAUCAACAACAACACUACUGAUUGUCAACAGACAAGCACACACACAUAUUGUGGAUUGCCAAGCUUUUCAUUUGAUCUUCUGGUGGCCUGUGCAAAUCUGUUUAUGGAAACACAAUUGCCAAAACUGAUGAUGAUGAUUGUGAUUGAUUAAUUGUGAUUGAUUAAUGGAUAUGGGUUUGUUUUUUUAUUUUAUUUUGCUACGUUUAUGCAAGGUGCCUCACUUGGUUUUUAAAACCUAGUGUAGAUCCAAGGCUUUAUGCUGAAUCAUUUACUUGUUGUACUUAAUUACUCGUGAUGAUUCAAAGUGUUUUGUUUUCCAUAGAAUCAUAGGGGGGACUGAGGGAUUUCCCUAGUUAAUUUGUAGUUAUUCAAUUAUGUUCAUUUAAUUCACUCAUCUAUAGCUUUCAUAUUUCUUAUUUUUAUAUUUCUUUCUGUCCUUGAGACUCGCUCAUCAUGUUCUUUCUCAUACAACUUACUCUCACCAAGGCCGUCUGACCCCCCAGCUCUGGGAGUCUGUACGAAGACCAGAGAUAAAGGGCCCGAGUCCCUCAGGGGGGGCAGAGACAGACACAGACAGACACUGAACCAGCCAUGUGAAACAUCUUUCUGUAACAUCUUCAUUCUGUUUUAAUAAACUGCUUAAGCUUAAGGAACCUGCCUCAUCAUUCAAAUAAAAGAACCUGAGGAUUCACUGAAGAAAUCUAUCAAGAGACUUUGACUCCCAGCUUCAUACGUCAGAGUCCCGACCCGAGCUGACCAUGACCUCUGACCAUGACCUCUGACUUUUGACAACCUCAAUAUACCUAAAAUCUCCACAGAGCAUAUGAGAGACUUGGAGGAGCCAAUAUCCCAGGAGGAAGUUGCUUCUGCCAUUUCAUCACUGCAGUCUGGAAAAUGUUCUGGCCCUGAUGGUUAUCCAGCUGAAUUUUUCAAAAAGUUCUCCUCUUCGCGUUCCCCACUGCUCCAUAUGGUUUUAUCUGAAUCCUGUAGUCGCGGUUCCCUUCCCCAAUCAUUCACUGAGGCCUGUAUUACUUUAACUGCUAAAAAAGGGAAGGACCCUACAGAUUGUGCUUCCUAUUGCCUUAUUUCUCUGUUAAACACGGACGCUUAGAUAUUAGCAAAGCAUCAUAUUCAGAUAAAGCAUCAUAUUCUUUCUGUAUUACCCACCAUGUCCGUACCAACGGACACAAUUGUUGACAUUUCUUUCCUUAGACCCAUCUCCAAAGGACUUAUCUCACUCCUAUAUGGGGUGGUCAUGGGAUUAAGACACAUACCUGUGGACAGGCUUAGGCAAUCGUGGGUCAGAACUGUAGACGGAAAGUCAGGCAGCGCAAGCGAGGAAGCUGGCAGUGUAAACAAAGGUGCACA